AUGGAACAAAUGAGGGAGGCAGCUGCUCAUUGGAUCAUGAUGCAUGAACACCCAUUCACCAUUCUUGAUGAAGACGGGUUCAAUUUAAUGAUGAGGCGUGGAAUGCCGGAAUGGCAAAAAAUUAGCAGGACAACAUGCAGAGCAGAUUGUAUGAAAAUUUAUGAGAUUGAGAAAAAGAGGUUGAAGAAAAGUCUUGAGUGUGUUGAUAAAAUAAGUUUAAUAACAGAUUGUUGGAAGUCAAAGACUCAAAAGAUUGAAUACAUGGUUGUCACUGGGCAUUGGAUUGAUUCUUGUUGGAAUUUACAAAAGAGAGUUUUAAGUUUCAUUAACAUUCCACCACCAAGGGGAGGUCUUCAAAUUUCCGAUGCCAUUUUCAAGUGUAUGAAAGAGUGGGGCAUUGAAAAUAAGGUUUUCACUAUUACAGUUGAUAAUGCUUCAAGUAACGAUUUGGCUAUUCGAUAUAUGAAAGAUACCAUUCAAAGGUCAAGAACAUUGACAUGUGAAGGAAAUUUAUUUCAUGUUCGUUGUUGUGCACAUAUCUUGAACUUGUGUGUUCAAGAUGAAUUGAGGGAGAUUGAAUGUAUUAUUGGUAAUAUAAGGGAAAGUGUAGAAUAUGUGGAACUCGAUUUUGAGAUGUUAAGUUGUGCACUCAAGUUCAAAGAAGCUUUUAAGAUGUUCAAAGAACGUGAUCCCUUUUAUGGUUGCUGCCCUCAAGAAGAAGAAUGGGAUAAAGCUCAAAAGAUUUGCUCACUGUUGGAGGCUUUUUGGAUAGCCACACAUAUUAUUUCAGGUAGCGAAUAUCCUACUUCAAAUUUAUUUCUUCAAGAAGUUCAAAAAAUAAAGUCAGCAUUGGAUAUUUAUGCACAAUAUGAAGAUUUGUUUCUUAAGCAAUUAUCUAGUAAAAUGAAAGAAAAAUUUGACAAAUAUUGGGGUGAUUGUAAUUUAUCGAUGGCUAUAGCUGCUGUGUUAGAUCCAACCAAAAAAAUGCUUGCAGUUGAAUUUUGUUUUCCUAAGCUUUAUUCUGAAUUGGAUGCCUCUAAGCAUAUCUUAAAAGUUAAGGAGAUAAUUAAUUCUCUUUAUGAGGAGUAUGUUGUUGAAGAAACUAAUAAAGGAGCGCCUCAUUUACUUGAGUCUGAGAGUUUUGGUUCUUCAAGUGCUAGAAGAAGUCAACAAAAUUCUGUGUAUAAUUGGGAUGAUUUUGAUGAAUAUUGUGCAAAAGUUGAAACUUCAGAGACUAAGAGAUCUGAAUUGGUAGAUUAUCUUGAAAAGGGUCGUCUAAAGAAGAAUGAGAUUCCUAAAAUUUUUUCAUGUUUAGAAUGGUGGAGGAUGAAUAGAAUACAGUAUCCAAUAUUGUCAAAGAUAGCAGCUGAUAUUUUAGCUAUUCCAGUGAGCUCAAUGGCUUCAGAAGCAACAUUUAGUGCAGGGACAAGAGUUAUUGAUUCUUAUCAUUCAUCUCUCUCUCCAGACACGGUGAGACUCUACUGUGUGGGGGUGAUUGGCUUCGACAUAUACAUGGACUAA